AUGGAGACUAUAUCCCUUGUAGAGACACAGUCCCUUCUCGAAAAAGAGCAUCCCAUCCUCAGUGUUCUCGGUGCUCCUACUGCUACGACGACUGUAGAUCCCCUAAAGGUCACCGUCGAUCUUCCUGCAGAAUCGGACAGCAUUCUCGUCUCCUUCAACAGAGUUAGCCAAUCUCCUAUUGCAGUCCCGAAAAAUAUGUCAGCAGCAACAAAACUCAAGAAGAUGAUCGAAGAAACCGAUGAGUUGAUUGUAUGCCCCGGUGUUUAUGACGGCCUCUCAGCACGUAUUGCACUGCGUGUGGGCUUUAGUGCUAUGUAUAUGACCGGUGCUGGGACAACAGCCUCUCGUCUUGGUCAGCCAGAUCUAGGAAUUGCCCACCUCCAUGAUAUGAAAGAGCACGCUGAAAUGAUUGCCAACUUGGAGCCCUACGGCCCGCCUCUUAUCGCUGACAUGGACACUGGUUACGGAGGGCCAAUCAUGGUGGCCAAUUCUGUCAAGUCAUAUAUCCGCGCUGGUGUAGCCGGUUUUCACAUCGAAGAUCAGGUCAUGAACAAGCGAUGUGGUCAUUUGAAAGGCAAGAAGGUCGUUCCCGAGGAGGAAUUUUACACACGCGUGCGUGCCGCCAAGUCAGCCAAGGAUGCAAUGCAUUCAGACAUCGUUCUGAUUGCUCGCACCGAUGCACUACAGAUGCUGGGAUACGAUGAGUGUGUCAAACGCCUUAAAGUAGCACGCUCACUUGGCGCUGACGUGGGCCUACUCGAAGGUUACACUUCAAAAGAAAUGGCUGCCCAGGCAGUGAAAGAUCUCGCACCUUGGCCAAUUCUAUUGAAUAUGGUAGAGAAUGGUGCAACACCUAUUAUCACUACCAAAGAAGCAAAAGAGAUGGGGUUCAGAAUCAUGAUUUUCUCAUUCGCGUCGAUUGCCCCGGCGUAUGUGGCUAUUCAAGCUACGCUUGAGCGACUUAAGGCUGAAGGAGUGGUCGGAACGCCGAAAGACUUGACCCCUUUGAAACUCUUUGAUAUGUGUGGACUCCAGGAUUCUAUGACCGUUGAUACAGAAGCUGGGAGUUUGUCUUUCGCUAGUGGUGUUUAG